ACUGUUAAUUUAGCUUUUUUUUUCGAAGGAAAGGAGAGAGGAGGAGCAAAUAGUAGAAAUUUUCAGUGACAGUAGAAGAAGAUUCGAAGAACAGAACGAUACAUUAGCAGUGGAAGAAAAACAAUAAAAAAAUAAUAGUAAUAGGAGAGAGAGAGAGAGAGAUGGUGAGAGUGAAGAAGCAGCAGUUUCAAGUUUGAAGAAAGAUGGAAAGAGUGGAAAAAGGUGGAGAGGUGGCAGCAGAAAAGCAGGAAUUUUUGGGGAUAAAGUUGAAACGCGGGAUUUUGGUAGGGAAAAGAGGGGGCCCCUGUACUCCAGUACCCACAUGGAAACUUGGAGAUAUACAGGAUAACACCAUUAAAGACCCCCUCACGUUGCCCCCCACUGUCUCUGCUAGAAAGCUUGCCGCUAACCUCUGGGAUAUUCAACAGCACCUCCCGCUUGCUAAAAUGAGCAAGGGAGGUGUAAGGCUUCGCCAACACAAGGGCAAGGGUCUUGAGCUUCCUUUGCGUUUGGCCGAUCCUUCUCACAGCCCUCCUGACCAGCCAGCAAGUGCUAGUAGUUUGAGGAGGCGUGUUGCAGCAUCACUAAUGCAGCACCAUCAGUCAAUUGAGAGGAAUGGCCAUGCCUUACAGCCUCUAUCUCCUGCAAGUUAUAAUAGUUCAAUGGAGGUAGCAGCUUAUAAUCCUGCUAUCACUCCUACUAGUUCUUUGGACAUUAAGGGAAGGAUUGGGGAAACAGGUUAUAGCCUUAAAACAUCUACGGAGUUGCUAAAAGUAUUGAACCGGAUCUGGAGCCUGGAAGAACAGCAUGCAUCCAAUAUCUCAUUAGUGAAAGCACUGAAAAUUGAGCUGGACCAUUCCCGGGCUCGGAUCAAAGAGUUGCUACAAGAGCAACAAGCAGACCGAUAUGAAAUGGAUGAUCUAAUAAAGCAAGUAACAGAGGAAAAACUAAUUAGAAAGAGCAAGGAGCAGGACCGAAUCAAGGCUGCAGUUCAGUCGGUGAGGGACGAGCUAGAAGAUGAAAGGAAGUUGAGAAAGCGGUCAGAGAGCCUGCACCGGAAGUUAGCUCGUGAGUUAUCUGAGGUGAAAUCUGGCUUCUCAAAAGCUCUGAAAGAACUAGAAAGAGAGAGGAAAGCUAGGACACUAUUGGAAGACCUAUGUGAUGAAUUUGCAAGGGGAAUAGGAGAUUAUGAUCAAGAGGUGCGAGCCUUGAAACAUAAGUUUGAGAAGGAUCAUGGUGGUAGGGAAGAACAUGAUCGGUUGAUACUUCAUAUCUCUGAGGCAUGGCUUGAUGAACGAAUGCAGAUGAAACUUGCUGAAUCUCGGUCUGAUUUUGUUGAAAAGAACACAAUAGUGGAUAAGUUAAGCUUUGAGAUAGAGACCUUCCUUCAGGCUAAACGAUCUGGAAGUUCCAAGAGUAAUGACAUCUCAUUCUCAAAAGAUAAAAAAUGUUCCGUGCGUCGCCAUUCCCUUGAGUCUAUUUACUUUAACGAGGCUACCAGUCCACUUCAAGAUGCAGGUGAUGAGGAAGAUUCUGUGGGUAGUGAUUCACAUUGCUUUGAACUAAACAAGAGUUUUAGUAACAAACAAAACAAUGCGCACUCUAAACCAAAUGCAGAAGAAGCUGGAGCAGAUCAUUUUGAUGAAACAGCAAAAUUUGAUCCGGCUAAAAAGAAGUUUUGGUCCCAUGAGAGGAUCAAGGGUCGCAAACCAUCAAGUUUGCAAGUUCAGUUUGAAGAACAAAUGGCUUGGGCAGAGUCAUGUAAUGGAAACAAGACCUCCCUUAAGGAUAGGGAGGCAGGAAAGGUGGGUGGAGAAGAUGCAAACCCCGUUGAAAUAAGUAUUUCCCGGAAAUCAGAAAUUUGUGAGGCUACAGAAGAUGGCAGUCAAGAAAGGAAGAGUAAACCAGAUGGAAUUCACGGAUCUGACUCAAACCAUGUGAUUGAUAACUUGAUUAGAAGUCAGCCACUGAUGGGGGGAGGGAAAAUUCAAUCUGAGAAUGGUUGCAGGGAAGAAUCUCACAGUCGAUCUGCAUGGAGGGGUCAUGCUAGUCCAGUACAACAAUGGAUGUCUAGAUUGACAUCCCCGAAUCUUGAGACAUCUGAGUCUUCUUCAAAAUGGCCACGAGGCUUGAAGGAGAAUACCUUGAAAGCAAAGCUACUUGAAGCAAGGUUAGAGGGGCAGCACUCUCGCUUAAAAGCUUCCAAAGGUUCCUCUUAAGUUGAAUGGUAUAAUCAGAUCAGCUGAAUUCCAGAUUAUUGUCAUUGUGUAUAGUAACCAAAGUACUCUUAAAACUUGAAUGAUGUAGUUAUGCUUCUAUUUAUCUGGUAUCUUUUUUCUUCUGUAAUUUGGGGGUCUCCCUCUGUAUAUGAGAAAUAUAUGGCUCUAUCAUGUGUGACACAUCAAGUGGAAAUGAAAGUGCAAUGGAAUUUGAAUAACCACUAA